AUGAACGAAUCCAUCAUUCCCCCGCGGAGUUCGUCGGGAAGUAUGAAAAAGACCGCCCAGCCCGCCACCGACUGGGAGGUUGACAUCGAUCAUGGCGCCGAAACCGACCUCCAGCGGACGCUAUCCACCCGCCACAUCACCAUGAUUGCCCUGGGGUCAUCGAUUGGUAUGGGAUUAUGGCUAGGCAGUGGAACAUCGCUCGCAAAUGGUGGCCCAGCGGCCAUCUUUAUCGGCUAUCUCUUGAGCGGUACCAUGAUCUGGUCGGUCAGCCAUUCCAUCGGUGAAAUGGCCGUAAUGUAUCCUCUGCCUUCGGCAUUUAUUCAGUGGACGUCGAUUUUUGUUGACCCGGCUGCGGCAUUUGCCCUGGGAUGGGCAUACUGGUUCUCCUACUGGAUCACCAUCGCCAACGAGUUACAGGGUGUCGUGACGGUUCUCAGUUUCUGGACCGACAAGGUGCCCACGGCAGCGUGGAUUACCAUCUUCUGGGUAGUGAUUAUUCUCAUCAACGUGUGGGCUGUGAAGUUCUUUGGCGAGGUGGAAGUCGUUUCAUCGUCCAUCAAAUUCGGGUGGAUUAUCAUUGUCAUUAUCUCUCUGAUUGUCGUAUCUGCAGGAGGCGCCCCUGCUGAGGGCCCCAUCGGCUUCCGGUAUUGGAACUCGUACGCCUUCACGAAUGGAUUCAAGGGCUUCCUCAGCGUCAUGCCGACUUGUAUCUUUGCCAUGUCUGGAUCUGAGAACUGCGCCCUAGUUGCGGCCGAGACCUCCAACCCUCGAAGAGCUGUCCCCAAGGCGGUGGGGUCGAUCUGGCUACGCCUUUCUUUGUUCUAUAUUCUAGGCUCUCUCAUGAUCACCAUCACGGUUGACCCAAAGGACAACAAUCUGUUCGGCGCUUCGGGAGUCAACGCCUCGCCAUUUGUCAUUGCCUAUCGCAAUGCGGGUCUCGAGCCUUUGGCCCACAUAAUGAACGCCGUGGUCUUCAUCUCGGUGGUGUCCACGGGUAGUAUUUCUGGAUAUGCCGGGUCCCGUGCUCUCAUGGGGCUGGCACAUGUGAAGAUGGCGCCUAAGAUCUUCGGCAAAGCAGAUCGGGUUGGACGUCCUCUAGCCGGACUCUUUAUUACACUUCUCAUCGGAGGUGGCCUGGCCUACCUCAACGUGAGCAACAGCGGCGAGGAGGUCUUCACCUGGUUCUCCAAUCUCACAUCGCUUUUCACUCUGUUUGGCUGGGCGAUGAUCUGCCUAUCGCACCUGCGGAUGCGUUAUGCCUGGAAAGUUCAGGGCCGCGAUGUAUCCGACCUGCCGUGGAAAAGCUGGACAUUCCCCUACGCUGCGAUCUGGGGGUUGGUAUGGUGUAUCUUGCUCAUCAUCGCAGAGUUCUAUCUGAGUGUCUGGCCACUUAAAGGACAGACCACGGCGAAGAAUUUCUUUGCCAACUAUGUCAGUGUCGUUGCUAUUGUUGUCCUGUAUAUCGGGGCCAAGAUCUACUAUCGCGGGCCUUUCUGGGUGGAUGCCCGGACGGUUGAUCUUGACGGUCUCCGACGGUUCUACGUCAAGACUGACGAUGAAGAGUCCGUGGGGGGGAAAACGGGCGCGGUAAAACAUGUCACCAAAGCCGUCCGGUUCUUGUUCAAUUAA